AUGGCUACAGCAACACAAGAGGAAAUAGUCAUCAUUGGUGCUGGGUUCAAAGGUCCAGGGGCAGAGAAUCUGGAGGAGUUUUGGGCGCUUCUGGAAAAGGGAGAGAAUAAACUUGUAGACAUCCCUAAAGAGAGGUGGAACCAUGACUCUUUCUACGACCCUGAGCGGAUGAGACUAGGAAAAACUUACGCAACGAAGGCAGGCCUCGUGGAAAGACCUUAUGAGUUUGACAACACUUUGUUCAACAUCAAUGAAGUGGAGGCCGACCAAACAGAUCCACAACAACGCUGGGCCUUGGAAUGUUCGUACAGGGCGAUAGAGCACGCUGGUCUCACGCGAGCGAUGCUUCAAGGUUCGAACACAGGCGUGUAUAUAGGCGCCAUGAACUGUGACUACCGGAGCCAGUUCCCGGCCAGAUCGUCCACGGUCGACAACUACACCAUCACGGGCGUGUCCAACGCCAUCAUCAGCGCCCGUGUGUCCUACUGCUUCGAUCUGAGAGGUCCUGCCAUGGUGCUUGAUACAGGAUGUUCCUCGGCCCUCACAGCCAUACACACCGCAUGCCAGGCUUUAAGAUCAGGUGACUGUGAUCUAGCACUAGCUGGUGGCACCAACUUUAUCUUCUCACCUGACAUUUUCACCCACCUGAGCAAGGCCGGCAUGCUCUCACCCACGGGACAGUGCCACGCCUUUUCUGACAAAGCAGACGGCUACGCCCGGGGAGAGGGGUGCGGCAUAGUCGUUCUCAAAAGACUUUCAGACGCCGUAAAAGAUAAAGAUCAGAUACUAGCAACCAUAGCAACAGGCACUAACCAAGAUGGCCGCACGGUGACCCCAAUCUCCGCCCCAUCUAAAGAGCAGCAGAAAAGAUUGCUAGAGAAAAUACACGGACAUUCAAACCCAGAAGAACUGGACAAGCUCGACUACAUAGAAGCCCAUGGUACAGGAACGGUUGCAGGCGACCUGGUCGAGACGACGGCUUUGGGAGAAUUUUUUCUGAGCAGAAACUCGACCAACAUGAAGUACAUCGGGUCCGUCAAAUCAAACAUCGGUCACUUGGAGUCUGCUGCAGGCAUAGCUGGACUCAUCAAAGUCCUGUUGAUGUUCCGGCACAAUAAGAUUGUCCCAUCGCUGUUCACAGACUCUCUUAACAAAAAUUUAAAGUUUGAAAAGUUUAAUUUUGUGGUCCCAGAUAAGGUAGUUCAAUGGAACAAGAAAGACAAGAUUGCUUGUAUUAAUUGCUUUGGUUUUGGUGGAUCAAACUGUCAUGCUAUUGUUAAGACUUUUACAGAACAAUGUCGUGGAGAGGAAAAACAGAACCUUGAAAAUAAUGAACACUGUGUCGUCUGUUUUUCGGGUAAGAAUGAAAAAUCUCUAAAAGGAAGCAUGACAGACUUUAUAAAGUACGACAACGUUGAGAAGAUGAGUCUACAAAAUGUGGCAUACACUUCAUCAGUAAGACGCCAGCACUACAGUAAUCGGCGAGCUUUUGUUGCAAACAGCAUGCAAGAUCUCAUCAGUCAAAUACAACGACAGAUCAAAAGCGAGCCAUUAAUUUUAAAAAGAAGAUCUGUUGUUUUUGUAUUUGGUGGGAUGGGAACCAACUGGAAAGGAAUGUGCCAGGAACUGAUUAAAAAGUUCGAAAUUUUCCGUUUAACUAUUCAAGAAAUUGAUAUUUUUCUGGCGAAGUAUCAAAACAUUUCUUUGUUGAAAUUCUUCGAAGACGGGGCUAGCUUCGAUAAUGAUUUGAUUUCCCCUUUGGCUAUUUUUGCUUGCCAGAUUGGCCUGGCUAGAUUAUGGAAAAGUUUGAAGGUUGAGCCGAACUACAUUGUUGGUCAGUCUGUUGGUGAAGUGGCCGCCGCUUACUUCGCUGGUCAUUUGACUCUGGAAGAUGCCGUCAAAGUGGUGUAUCAUAGGUCGUCUGUUCUAUGUAAGGCAACAGGGGGCAAAAUGGUGGUUGUUCGGAACAUGGAACUUCAUCUUGUUGAAGAAAUACUUGUGAAAUACCAAGGGAGAGCAAACAUCUCAGUGGUGUACAGUCCCGUGUCGUGUGCCAUCAGCGCUGAUGCUGAUGUGAUGGACUGCAUCAAACAAGACAUAGCACACGCAGCUGAAGGUAUACAAACUAAUGUAAAACUGACUGAUUUAAAGGUUCCGGCAGCCUACCAUAGUCACCAUAUGGAAGAAGGGAAAGCCCAGUUGAAAGACCUUCUCACAGACCUUCAAUGCAACCCAGCUAGUCAGACUUCUUGCAUGAUAUCUACUGUCACUGGGGAACACGUUACUGGACCUCUAGGUGCCCAGUAUUGGGCAAACAACUUAAGAGACAAAGUACAAUUCAAUGGCGCUCUCAGCAAAACAUACAAGAAAGAUCAUACAAAUAUUUACAUUGACAUUAGCCCCAAACCAGUUUUGCAAGCGCAUGCGCAAGACAUAUUUCCAGGAGAAAACCCUGUUGUAAUUUCCUCCAUGACAGGGUCCUCAGAAUGCAAAACAUUUUUAGAAGGCGUGGCUGUGGCCUUUUCAUACGGUGUAGACAUCAAUUGGCCUCUAGUUGUACCAGCCCGAACUUCCUUGACACCGGUACCACGAUACCAUUUCCAGAAAAGGCAUGGCAUCACAAAAAGCGAGGCUGCUCACGUGAUACUCUCUGGUGUUGAUCCGUUCCAGAUUCGGCAUCCAUUUUUGUACAAGAUCAACAGCAGCAACUAUAUCGCUGUCGUGUCGCCACUUGUUUUUAACUCAGUGUACGACCACACUGUGUCUGAUAGUCCCAUCCUACCGGGCGCUUUUUACACAGAAAUUGGUCUCGCGCUGACCAGGUUAGACACAGAAAUGACAGCACCAUCCUACACUAUUGCAGUUCAGUUUGAGAAGCCUUUCAAUCUGCCUAGAGAUGGGGUAGUAGUGCUGGAUAUUUCUAUGAAAAAGGACACGCGCUCUGGUCCAAGUCAAGUCGGAAGUUACAGUGUGAGUGUUGAAAACUCUGGUAUAAAAUACGCGAGCAUUUCAGUACAGCCUUCAAAAGUUAAACCCAAAACAGACAAGAUAAACAUAAGCUUUCUUAAAUCAUUGUGCUCUAUAAAAGUAAGCAAAGAUGAAAUUUACCAAAUGCUAAAGCAUUUUGGAUUUAAAUAUGGACCGUGCUAUGCCAUUUUGAAUAAAGCCUUGAUGAACAAUGAUGCAUGCUUUACCAAAAUGACAAUUCCUAAGUCAAUAGUUGAAGAGAUGUCUGGUACAGUUCUUCACCCCUCUAUUAUUGAUGCCAUGAUUCAAACAUCUGUCAUAUUGAUGGACAGAUCAGCAGAAUCUAACUCUCUUCUGCCAAGAGCAAUUGGUGCAAUGACUGUGUACAUGCCUGCAGAGAUGGAGAUGUACAUCCACACCAAAAAGAAAGGCACACACGGAAGACUAACGCACUAUGAUGUUACCUUAAUAACCAUGGAAGGCGAAAUAGUGGCACGCAUGAAUGACCUUGCUCACACGUCGCUCAUCACGUCUGCAGAAGAAGUGGACAACAUUUACACGGACGUGUGGAAAGAGAUGAAGACUGACUAUCCAAAUUUGGACAAACAAGACCCUCAGAGCAUGCCUUUGUUUAUCACAGAUUGGAUUCCCGAUAACACAGCUUCUUAUCAACAAAAUCGAUGUAUACUUUUUGAUACGCUGAAAGACUUGGAAGAAACAACCAGCCAAAUCACACAAACAGCAGUCGAUGCUUGUAAUUCUAUGAUCCUAAUUUUAACAAACACAACCGUAGAUGAUUCUGAGACAGAAGAAUGUAUUCUAAACAAGACGCUGAACACUUGUAUGGUUCUUCGCCAUUUGUACUUACUGUCUUCUCAACAGAAAUCUAACAAACCUAUUUUUAUAAUAACCAAAGGAGCGCAUCCAAACCCAGUGUCCUGUGUAACGCCAGUCCGAGUUAACCCAGUCAUGACAGCUCUCUGGGGAAUGUUCAGGUGCUGCCUCUGGGAACCUUUCGCCCAAAAAGCCAUCGCUCUGGACCUUCACCUUCCUGAUGAUUCCAUCUCUUUUGAUUUUCUCGGCGCAGUCUCCAAAUUUUUUAUUAAAAAUGAAACUCUGCUGAGCUACCCCGAAUGGAUAGUUACAGAGGACAAGCUAUACUUCAAUCAUGUAGUUCCAGUAGAUGCUACCACUCGGGUAGCGAAAUACAGAAUUAACAAGGUGGAUAAAGACACAGAUGUAGCCUUCUUCAGGCAAGAAGCAAGAUCUGUUGAAGACGUAUUUUGUGUACUUCAAAAACAAGAACUCCAUCAAACAGGUGACAGCUCCCAUGUUUUAUUUAAACCUACAGAAGCUGUUUUGAUAAAUGAUAACAUGACUGACAUCAACGAAUCUUUCCAUUCUACGAAAAAUAAACCUGGAUUGGAAUGUGAUGGAAACAUCGUGCGCUGUUUUGAAAGUGUUGGAAAAAUAAUUCAAGACAAAAACACUGGUAUAAAAGCUGUUUCAUGUUACCCUAUGCACGUAGCAUCAACAAUGAACAUACCCCAGGAAUGUGUCAUUGAGGCUAAUCUGCUGCCCAAUUACAAGCCUGGUCACCUUGUUCAGAUGAUGCUACUUUGGAGUUUAAGCCACAAAAUAAAAGAAGAUGAAAUAACUAUACUUACAGAUGAGCCGACAGAGCCAUUUGCAAAAGCCCUUGAGCUUCUUCUAAAAAGUAGACGAAACUGCAUUGUGAAUAUAGCUAGACUAGAAAGCGUGCAGAACUCUAGUCCACUACAGGGGGCGCUGGUUGCCUUAACACUGCUCACAUCUGACAUGGUUUCCAUAAUGAAUCUUCAAAACCUUGCUCGGGUUGUUAGUUUUUCAACCCUGAUGGACAGCUCAAGCAGAACCUGUGUUUCUUUCUUGGCACCAGACGCUGACGUAGACAUUGUUGAUGUGGCUCUACUCUUCACUCCUAGAAAAAUGAUGAAAAUUGUGCCUGAGAUUAAAGCAUUCGCCACAGAAAAUCAGCAAGUUAUUUCAGAUGUGUUAAAAAUUUUGAAUCCUACUGCCAAUGGCAACUCAACUAAAGUUAGACGUUGUCUCCAAGAAUUUCUGAACGUUCAGGUUCUGAAGCUGGAGCCUGUGCAAGUGAGAGCUUAUGAGAGUGAUCUCUUCCGUAAAGACGGGGUGUACCUGGUUGUGGGAGGUUUGACAGGGCUGGGUCAAGCAACCGUGAAAUACCUGGCUGAACACGGCGCAGGUAACAUUGCAAUUUUUAACAGACGAGCAGCAGCUGAUGCAGACAGAGAAUGUUUUACAGAGCUAUGCGGACAAUAUGGUUGUCAAAUCAAGGCAUUUCAAGUAGAUGUGGCAAGUAUGGAAUCUGUUAACUGUGGAUUUGAGUCUAUUCGUGAUGAAUUUCAAGACAUUCCUGUAAGAGGCAUCUUUUGCGGAGCCGCAGUGCUGAAAGAUAAAUCUCUGCUGGAAAUGGACACAGAGUCCUUCAGAGAAGCUCUUCUCCCGAAAGUUUCCGGGGCGUGGAAUCUUCAUGUGAAAACUCUGGAAAUGCCACUCGAUUACUUCGUCUUGUUUUCAUCCGUAGCCUCAAUUUUAGGAAAUACGGGUCAAACCAACUACGGCACCGGAAAUGCUUUUGUUGAUGGUUUGGCUCACUACCGCCGGCAACAUAAUUUACCCGGCCAAAGCAUUAACUUUGGUGCUUUAGAUUUAGGACUCUUGAGAGACAACGCAUCCGCGAGAAAAUCUCUAGAAUCUAUGGGAUUUGUUAUCAUGUCGGAAGACGAGGCUUUGUCCACACUAACUUCUAUCUUGCUGCAAAACUGCGAACAGAUCAUCCCUUGUCGCUUCAACAAGGAAACAUUGCUCAAACGAAAACCGGGGGAUAUUCCAAAACGUCUGCAGUCAAUAGUUCAAGGAUCGGCAACGGACGAGGUUCGAAUCCAGGACGAUCUGUUUUUAAAGCUACACGGAACAAGCGACAUGACUCCGGAAGAAAAACAAACAACCUACACGAGUUAUCUCAUCCAGCUGGCCACACACUUACUCGGGGCAGCUGAAGGGGCCAUUCAGCCCAGUUCCAACCUGUAUGACUUCGGUCUGGACUCCAUCGUAUCGAUGACGCUGAUCAAUCGAAUCUUUCAAGAUGCGGGGUGUAAGCUGCAUCCUGUGGUGUUUUUCACUGGAGGGGCCGUGGUGGAAAACAUCGCAAGACAAAUGGCGCAGUCACAACCCAGUCAUUAAGUGUAGCUUAUACCUUUUUUUUUUGCUAUUUUUUGCAUCAUAAUUAUGUAUACCCAAAAAUUGACAGUUUUCACGAACUUUUCACUUGAAAAAUCAAAUAAAUAAAAAAAAAGAUUUGUUACUUUCACUAUUCAUGUUCAGCAAUCUUACAUAUCACGAGAUUUUAAAAAAUGUGUUAGAGAUCAGGUUAUUCUUUAAAAAACAGUAGGUAUGAUUAUUUCAUCUCUAUUUAGGAAUGUUUUUGCUAUAUAUAAUUCUUAUACGAUUAAUAUAUUUUAGUAUGUCUAUUUUGUAAACUAUUUACUUUUUAUGCAGCAAGAAUGUUUUUAAAUUAACGUUGUUGUUGGAUUUAUCUGUAAAUGUAUUAAAUUCAUGAAGUUAUAGAAAAAAAAUUAAUAAAUUAAUUUCUCUACUACUUAAUCACCCAUUUGAUUUUCUGAAAAAACUUGGUUAACUAAUUGAAUUUCUCUAUAAAUGUGUUAACUUUUUAAAUUCCUCAGUAAUUUUAAUAUCGAUUUGAGUUUCUUCAAAAAUGGUCUAAAUGAAUAUCUCUAUAAAUCCAUAUUAAUUUCUCUGUAAAUGUAUUUACUGGUUGAAUUUCCCUGUACGUGUAACAACUACUUGAAUUACUCUAUACAUGUAUUAACUGGUUGAAUUUGUCUAUAAUACUUUUGUUCAUGUGCAUUUCUUCAAAAAUAGUUUAAGUAAUGAAUUUUCACAUAUCAGAAUGUAUCAAAAUCCCGAAACAAUAAACAAUAUUUUAUUGUCUAAACAUAAAUUAGAGUCAAUUAUAGAACAUAUAAUUGAAGACUUGAAUAUUUAAGUUUCAAUUUUUUUAAACGUUGUUCUGUGUACUUAAUAGAUUUUUAAAUAAUUGCAUUUUAAUUGCUUUUAUAAGUAAUUUUUUUUAUUACGUAGGAUGAUUUUUUUUUUCUUCUUCACAUUUUCACUUGAUUCAUUUAUUUACAAAAUAUAGCACUCAUCCAACACAAGCAUGAUGCAGCACAAUAAAUUUAUUUAUUAUUUUAGAGCCUGCAGCAUUUUUUUUAUGAUUCUGUGUUUUCUAUGCAAGAUUUGUUGUUUAGAAGUGUCUUAAUGUUAGUGAGUUGUAAACGUCUAUGUAAUCAAAUGAUAAAUUUUUACUUCACUUUUCCGUUAAUAAUGUUUUCUUCGCUGUUUUAAAACAAUCUGAAGAUUACAUUUUUUUGGGUGCUCUAAACAUAAUUAUCACCACAGCCUAUCAAAACAUUGACGUAUUGAAGUAAAUCUAAAACUGUGUUAACCUUUGCGUGUGAGAAAAAAAAACUAUAUCAAAAGAUUUAUUUUUCUUUUUGAUCAAGUUAAAAUUUGAAAGCAACAUAUUUUUUUACUGUUUUUCUGGCAUUAAACUGAAUAAAGUUAUCACAUUGA